GCGGGGAGGGGGCUGUGUCCUCGGGGGGCGUGGGGGGGCUGAGGGAUUUCCUCCCCCCUAUUGUUCUCGUCCCUCCGCGCCCCCCGUUAAUCCCCCCUCAAUCUGGGGCGGGGGGACCCCCCCAGUCCCGCCGGCCCAUGGUGAGGCGGAGGCGCCGGCAGCACCCAGAGUCAAGCCUUGAAAACACAAGGUUGGAAAACUUGAUCUGAGCCGCACCUCCCUGACAUAUGAUACUAUCUCCAAACAGCCCCUGACAAGUGAACCCUCUCAUUGAAAUCAUAAUGGUGAAUAACACUGAAGACCCUCAAGAGGCUUUGUAACGUCCCAUCCUCAUGUAAAGUAUGCUCAGAACUUUUCCAGUAGUCCUGCUGGAAACCAUGUCUCACUACACGGACGAGCCAAGAUUCACCAUAGAGCAGAUCGACCUCCUGCAGCGCCUGAGACGCACGGGAAUGACCAGACAUGAGAUCCUGCACGCCCUAGAAACCUUGGACCGCCUCGACCAAGAGCACAGCGACAAAUUCGGGAGGAGAUCUGGCUACGGAGGCGGCUCCUACGGCAACAGCACCAACAACGUCCCGGCGUCCUCCUCCACGGCCACGGCUUCCACGCAGACGCAGCACUCGGGGAUGUCCCCGUCCCCCAGCAACAGUUACGACACCUCCCCACAGCCUUGCACUACGAAUCAGAACGGGAGGGAGAGUAACGAGAGGUUGUCCGCCUUCAACGGGAAGAUGUCGCCCACCCGCUACCCGCUGGCCAACAGCCUGGCCCAGAGGUCCUACAGCUUCGAGGCUUCCGAGGAGGACUUGGACAUCGACGACAAAGUGGAGGAGCUGAUGAGGAGGGACAGCAGUGUGAUAAAGGAGGAGAUCAAAGCCUUCCUCGCCAACCGCAGGAUUUCCCAAGCAGUUGUUGCACAGGUAACAGGUAUCAGCCAGAGCCGGAUCUCCCAUUGGCUGUUGCAGCAGGGGUCGGACCUGAGUGAACAGAAGAAAAGGGCAUUUUACAGAUGGUACCAGCUUGAGAAGACAAAUCCUGGGGCCACACUAAGCAUGAGACCCGCUCCCAUCCCAAUAGAAGAGCCAGAAUGGAGACAGACGCCUCCCCCAGUCACAGCUACCUCUGGGACCUUCAGGCUACGGCGAGGCAGUCGCUUCACGUGGAGAAAGGAGUGCCUGGCUGUUAUGGAGAGUUACUUCAAUGAGAAUCAAUAUCCCGACGAGGCGAAGAGAGAAGAAAUUGCCAACGCCUGUAACGCAGUUAUACAAAAACCAGGAAAAAAAUUGUCAGAUUUGGAGCGAGUCACCUCCCUCAAAGUGUACAACUGGUUUGCCAACAGGAGGAAGGAGAUCAAGAGGAGAGCCAAUAUCGAAGCAGCAAUCCUGGAGAGCCAUGGAAUAGAUGUACAGAGUCCGGGAGGUCACUCCAACAGCGAUGACGUGGACGGCAACGACUACUCAGAGCAGGACACUUGGCAAGUACGCAACGGGGAGGAGGAGGGACGGUGUUCCGAGGGAGGCAGAGAAGCAGAGAAGGUAGAAGAAGACAGGAGGAUCUGCUCCAAACAAGAUGACAGCACUAGCCACAGUGACCACCAAGACCCCAUUUCCUUAGCCGUGGAGAUGGCAGCAGUCAACCACACCAUCCUGGCGCUGGCCCGGCAAGGAGCCAACGAGAUCAAGACAGAGGCUCUGGACGACGACUGAUGCCAAGAAAGGGGAGGGUCAAAGCAAGAAGUAACUUAGUUUUAGACGUAGCACCUUAGCAGACUUUCCUCGGUCCUUAAUAUGUGUUCUUACAGUAUAACUUUGCAGUUUCUUGUACGUCAGUUAGCUGUUAGGGUCUUGUUCUGUGAAGAUGGCAUGGUGCCCUCAGCCUUUGCAUAUACUCUCUCAGUAUUAAUUCCCAAUAAAUAAUCAAUCAACCAACCAACCUCCCUCUCCCGGCCCCCAGUGGCUAGAAAGGUAAAAUCCAAAAAAAACCAAAAAAAAAAAAGGAAAAAAAAAAAAGUUAAAAAAAAAAAAAAUCUUGCUGCUCUGUCUUAGCAUUCAAAGUGCUUCCAGGUAUUUUAGACAGCCCUCAAUUACAAGUCUUAGGCUACACUUAAAAUCUUGGAUAACCUUAGAGAUGGUGUUGAAACCGAUAGUCCGUACGCUUUCCCUGCCCUGAGACUGAAAGGAUGCAAGCUGAGGUAGUGGCACAGGGUGGAUGGACACCAGACCGGGAGUACCAACAGAGAGUAAAAAGAACACUUAGAAACCCCACUCCAGCCUGGGAAUAAACGAUUUCCAGCUGCAAUAAGCCGUGCCUCACUGCUCAUACAGUGACUCCGUUUACUUUCGGGUGCUGUGCUGAGAAUGUCCAUUGGAAACACAUUCCCACAUUCCGGUUGUUGCUCCCAUAUUCAACACAGACAUCCUCUACUCUCACGAGCUGCGUGGCUGAGUGGAGAAGUGCUGCCUUCUGCCUCUGGGACCGUGGUUGAAGCCCAGCCUGGGAUCAAAUGAAAAAUGAGCUGAAUGUCUAAUGGACAACAGUCCACUUCUCAGAACCACUGCUCGUUCUUGGCGUGGCUGGCAGUGCCUGCUCAGAAGAGGUCUAGACUCUUACCCAUCUGUCAUUAACAAUUUCACCUUUAAUUCCUCCUCUCUCACCUUUUCUGUCCCCACCCUCCUCCCCUCUCCGCUUUGCCACUUUCCAAAGCAAUGUUUUCCAGGAAGGUUGUUAAGGUCCUGAAAUGGGUGAGUGGAUUUUUACACGCCUGUGUAAGUAACGCCUCCUGACUAGCCUGAAGGGUUACUGGAGAAUUCGACAUCUGACCUUUGCUAGAUAACCAUCAGAGCAUAAAUAUUCUCCUAAAUACGAACUUUUUUUGUUUGUUUGAAGGCAGGAGGAUCUCUUACCUGAGAAAUGGGGUGUGAAUGUUUUGUGUUCUCUUUACUCUGUCUUUGUUAAGGUGUGAGAAAGCUAUACUGCUACGAGCAAUUUAAUUAAUAAUUGGAAGCCAUACUGAUAAUGGAUGUGGUAAUACUUGUAAAGCAAACCUACUCUAAGUAGCAGGAACUAAUGGAAUUGUUUUCCUUGAUCAUAUGUAGCACUUUUGUUACUUUUUUCUUAAAGAUAUUUAUAUUUGAUAAGUCUUUUUUUUAUCAUUUGAGAAUUCCAAAUACCAAACAGCCAACUUGCAUUACAGAGUCACCCUGCGAUCACCUUGUCAUCUAGUAUCUAAAUGAUGAACUGUGUGUGCAUCUAAGAAAAUUACAUCUGCUAGCAUUGUGUGGAAAUGAUCUCCUGGCAUCCUGAUAGAAUGAUGUGUUGCUGCCGGUAAGAGGAAACAUUUUGAUGGAAACAGCACGAGGAGUGUUAGAGACGGGCAGGGCUGUGUUACAUUAGCAGAGAACAAAUUAAAAACCUGCAGAAAUUUUUGUAUGGAGACACUUAUAUAAAAGUUUGCCCAGCGUUUCCUCCACGUCCCGCUUUAUCUUCCCAGUUUGUGUGGGAAUGGCUUAAAGAGGGGAAAACAGCUCAGUCUGGAGGAUGGAUUUCCCUUCACUCCCCUCCAGUUUCGAGGUGGAAGCUGCUGCUGCUCGCUUUGUUCUCAUCCCUUCCUCCCUCUUAACUCUCAGAGAGCUUGGUGACCCCUCCAGCGUGGCUGCUCAGCAGGUUUGAGCCAGGCUGAGCCCUCCAGAUCAGCUCCCUCUGUCCUCAUGGAGCAAACUGCUCCCCCAAGUGCCGAGGAGAUCCUGUCCUCUUCGGCCCUUGGAAGAUCUAUAGGUGAGGCUUGGCCUUGACUUCACUUAGGGAUUUCAUUGGAAAAUUUACGUGCUUUCCUUAGAUGUAGAUCACUGGAACAGAAUGAAGCCACCUUUUUUUUCUGUUUUAUUGCAUUUCUCGAGUAGGCAAAUUCAUGAGUAGCAUCAGGGCGGACUCAGGAAAGGCAGGGCUCGGAUCAGCGACCAUUGCACCACUGCAGUUAUUUUCUUCCUGCCUGUAUGAAUGUUUUUGGUACUAAGGAGUGAAAGGAUGGGGAGAGCUUUUAUUUCUCUUUUUGCACAGCAGAAUGAUGGAGCAAACUCGAGCCUUAGUGGAAUUUUACCUAGUUAUUCAUUCCGCAGUCACACACUGAGCUGACAAGCAACAUCCACGAUUUAUAGUAAGGAGAUUUUAAUAAUCGAUGACCUCUUUACGUUGGGCUUGCCACCACCAUUUGUUCUGGCUGUUUCAUUUUAAAAAGAACAGACUCAAACUGUUGGACAGCUGCAAUUUUAAAAGAAAUAUUGCUUAUUGCUUACUAUAAUAUCUGUAAAAAGGCAUUGUUUGAGGCUUUGCCUUUUUAAAGCAAUAGGAAAGUAUAAAAAUAGUAUUAGAACCUCUGUAUCCUGAUUAUAGGUUCAUGUCAUGCAGGAUCAAAGUAACACCUCUGAAAUUGUGUGUCUGUGCCAUCUAAUGUAGAAUAAUCUGGUUUUAAUUCUGUUUGUCACUGUCAGGAAGCUGCUGACAUCCCACACCAGCAUCUUCUCUGAAGGUUAAACAGGUAAAAAACCCCUUGCAAGCAGCUGGAGAUUGGCAGAUCUUCCUGGGCUGUAAAUACCAGAUUUCUGCCUUCCCACAUUGUCACCUUAGCAGAGAAAAUAUCAAAUAUCUGGGGGAUCAACCCCUUGUGGGGUCGGUGUUUGGGGUGUGUCUGUUCUGGCUUCUCUUGGGGCAUGGGGAGGUUACGAGGGACAAGUGGCACCUCAGAGGAACCAGUGGGACCUCAGCUGUCCCCAGGUGCUCCUGGCAGGUCGUUCCCUUCAUCCUGGAAGUUGAUAAGGAGCCAUUUGCAGUUGGUCAGUCCCUUUUUGGUUUGAGGUGAGUUAUCUGUGAUGGGACAGGUGCUGAUGUGAUGGUACCGAGGCGAGCAAACGUGAUCUGGAGUAAAUCAAAGAACCAGUGCAGGCUGUGUCCUGGAAUUCAGGAAUCCUGGAAUUCUUUCUUCUGGGGGUUCUUCCACUAUAUAGGAGUCAUCUUUGUCUUUCUGUCUGUGGGUUUCCUUGGAAAUGAAGCCUCAUUUUGGUAGCAGUGCAAUGGAGUUUGUUGGAGCCAGGCUGGAGUCGCUGCAGUUUGUUCUCUGGGGGUUUCCUUGAAGCAGCUCUGGUGGCAGAUCCGAGCUACCUUCUUGUUCUGUGAACAGAGAAGAAGUUAAUUUAAGAAGCUCCUCAUCUGUGAUGGUCACAGAUUGCUUUUAACUUUUUAGGGUGAAUUCUGGCUGAUAAUUUGUCCCUCAUAAAGUCCUUUUACUUGAGUUGUCGUCUCUGACCAUCUUCUUAAAACAACAAUUUCUACCUCCACUUCUUUUCUGGAUUGUUUUGAUGUUGGGUUUUUUUUUAGUUCCCCCACCCUUUUCCGUGAAAUAUGAGGUCCCAAACAUUUGCAAAAGCCUUAUGAGUUGAUAAAAAUCAGCAGAUUUGUUUUCUGUUGAUCUUCUGAGUACACAUCUUCAUAGAUCUUCAUAGACACAUAUUGGGUUACAGUGAAGUCUGUGCUGCAUGUGAGUCUGCAGUGCAUCCUUGCAGCAGUUAAGGAAUCUCAUUAAGAGCCUCCAGGAGCUCAUGGAAAGGGUUUAGACCCCUCUGUCCAUCAUUUGUGGGACCGGUGUGUGGGCAGGAGGGGCGAGAGGGAGGAUUGGAGCACAUCCCAUUGUGGGAGAUUGCAGGAGCUGGGAUUGUCCAGGCUGGCUCUGGGGACAUCCCAGAUUUUGGGUUUAACUGUCUUAAUAAAUUAGUUCUAAUUUGGGGGUCCAGUGCAGGGUCAGGAGUUGGACUUUGAUGAUCCUUGUGAGUCCCUUCCAGCUCAGGAUAUUCCGUGAUUCCAGGGAAGACAGAGCCAGGCUCUUCUCAGAGGUGCCCAGCAAAAACCUGAGGGGCAGAGGGCUAAAGCUGCAGUAAGAAAAAUCCCAGAUGAAUAUAAAUAGAAAUAUUUUCAUGCUCAGUGGUAGAAAUUGUCCAGAAAGUCAGUGAAAUUCCCAUCCUUGGGGAUACUCAAAAUUCAACUGGACAGGGUUGGAUUAGAGGCCUCCAGAGGUUUCUUCUGACCUAAAUGUUUCUCUGAUUCUGUGCAGACCUGCUCAGGUUGAUGUGUUCCCUAGUCCUGAUUUGUACAUGUUGACUUGUUUAAAGAAAUUCUGUUUAUUUGUUGAGGGCUUUUUCUGUUUUGCUGUUCAUAAAAAUUGUCUUUCCUAGUUUACUAAUAGAGAGGAGCUUUAUUUGCAGGGUCUGGCUCCAGGCUCCAAUCAAGCCAUAAGUUAGAGAUUUCAUUAAUUAUUUGCUCUGUUUACACAGUUCUUCAGGGAUAUUUGACUUAUUCUGUUUGUUUCAUUGCCUAACAUCAGACUGGUAAGUUUUUCAUGUUUUUGUAGCAUCUGUGAUUUGUAGAACAGUUUUGCCUUAAUUUUGUGAAGAUUUAUCUUUGUCUUGCUGCUGUGAGUACAAGUGAGAAACUCCACAUAUCUGAACUUAUUUCAGGAAAAACUGGGGUUAACUCAAGCCCACUGGUGACUACUGUGGUAAGCCAGAAAUUUGGGGUCAGUAAAUCACAAAUUGGUGAUUAUUAGGAGCUGAGAGGGUUUGACUGGGAAAAAGUCAGAUUAUGCUCACUUGGAUCCCCCUUUCCUUGUGCUGUUGGCCACUUCUAGGGAAAGCAGUGUGGUAGCUGGAAUAGCUUUUAUUUUUCAUGCAGAUAAACACACUAAAAUUGGUGUAAGAAUUUUCCAAACUCAGAAUUGCUGCUGUGAUGCAGGAUGUUGGUUCCCUUUGUGUGAUCCUAACUGGGAUCCAAAGCUGGAGUCACACUUUGCAAAUCACUAAAUUCAGUGUGAGGCUCUGCCCCUAAUCCUGAGCUGUGGGUGUUCAGUUGGGGAUGGUUCCCAACCCCUCCUCUGCUUUAUCCCUACUCAUUUUAAUUAAUAUUUGUAAUAAUGUUCCUCCUCCCACUCCAGCUCCAAGGUGCAGCCCCCACUUCCCAGUGCUCAUCAGCUUCAUUGUGUAAUUACCAGCAAAUUUAGGGGCUUUUGUCAAAGCUUUGCUCUCAUUUUAUCUCAGUUUUCCCACUCAAAUAGCUCUUGCACUCUUUGAAGUUAUUUAACUUGAUGAUAUUAUUUUGAUCAAAGUCUUAAGCUUUUUUGGCAGUAAUCUUUGGUUUGGUGCAGCUUUUGGCAUUUGGCAGGAAUCUUUGUUGGCAGGAUUGGUUUUAAAUUUGUGUUACGUGUCAGUGACCUUAAUAUAUGUUCCAUACAUGGAUUUUGUGUGUUUGUAGCAGCAGGCAGGGCUUGGAUCCUGAUCCCAGCUACUUUAAUGGAGUUUUGUGGAGUUUUCACUGUGAUUCCUUGGAAGGGAAGGUUGAUGGCCUGACCAAAAAAAAUACCUUGCAGUUCCCAAGAGGAAUUGCAGAGACAUUUCAACCUAAAACAUUCCCCCUUGGGCUUUUGAGCAGCUGGGAUAUUUACUCAGGAUAUUGGAUCAGUUAUUGGCCAAAAGGGAUUUGGUACAGCCCUAAACCCUUCAUUUCAGCCUCUCUUUCUGCUGUCAAAUUUAUGGGGUUGAAACUGUCUGACAUUGCACAUUCAUGAAAACCAGAGGCAUUCUAGAGAUGGCAGCCACAAAUCCAAAUUUAAAAUACACUGAAAUGAUCUUUUUUCCUUUGUGAGAAAUGUGUUACAACCAGAAGAGCGUGGUUGGGUGUUUUGAGCACUGUCAGGAAGGUGACAGUGAUUUGAUGUUGGUUUUUGUCCAACAAAUGUAAAUCAAAUCAAACCAGUGGAAGUUUAUCUCAGUGGCAGCAGUGAGGCAGAGGGAGAAAAAUUUAAACUCUUGUGCUGAAGAGUUUGUUGCCAUCCUUGGCCUUAGGUUUUGUCACUUAAAAAUAGCCUGGAAUUUUUUGGUUUGUAGUUUAUAGCAGAGAAUCGUGGAAUGGGUUGAGUGGGAAGGGAUUUUAAAGAGCAUCCAGCCCCACCCAUGCCAAGGGCAGGGACAUCUUCCUCCAUCCCAGGCUGCUCCAAGUGUCCAUCCUGGCUUUGGACACUUCCAGGGAUGGAGCAGCCACAGCCACCACGGAGCUAGAAAAGAAUUUGCCAUUUGAAACACAGGGGAAAAUUCACAAAACAUUUUCAACGCCACUUUUAAUCAGGCUGAUGCAGUGAAGGAACCAAUGGGCUUGAUGGCUGCAGUGUGGAGCUCUUUCCCACUCUUUCAGGGAGGUCUGGAGCUCUCCAGCCAAGAGCUGAAGCAGGAAUGAACCGAAGCCAUGGAGCUGGUGAUGGGCUUUGAUGUUUCUGUAUGUGCAGAGCAUCUCUCCCUCAGCUGCCUUGGCAGAAGCCUCCCUCUGCCAUUUAUCCCCUCUCUGCUCAAUGGCAGCGGGUGUGUUCUGCUGAUCAAAACACCCGGCACACUUGUGCUGAAUCCUUUCAGGCUGCAGCCAGGGUAAUUGGGAUGGGCAGGAUAAAUGCCUGGGAGUGUGGCAGUCACAGUGAUGGCAGCUCUUUUCAAUGCCUGGGUGUCCCUGACGGGUAAUUAGCGGCUUUAGAACGGAGGGAUUGGCAUGGCCGUGAUUAAAAGGAUUUCUGUCUUUCCUGUGAUUGAAAACAGAAGAUCUCCCGCCCCCUAAUUCUCUUUUAAUACCAGUGUUAUUAGUGACACUUGGAACACAGCUCCUCUGUAAACUUAAAUAAUGACCUCAGUGAAUGGUGACUUACAAACAGCAGGGACUGAAGCGAGCUCGGUUUCUAUGCAAAGCUGCUCCUCCUCAUUCUGUGUUCCCUGCUCCCAGUGAGCUGGGGAGACAAAGAGGACAUUUGGUUGUGUGACAGCCUGGGGACAGAUUGCCCAGGGCCUGCUUUAGCUCUUGUGGCUCAUUUUGGGUUUCAGGAGAUGGAGAGGACGAGCCAUGAACUCAUCCUGAGUUUUCACCUGUCUGCAGGUGGAGGGUUCCUUGGAGCAGGGAAUGUCCCUGGCUCGUGGGAGCCACUCCAAAUUGCCAUUCCCAGUUUGGAAGCCUUACUCGUUGCCCUUUCUCCUCCAGCUCUGCUCUCUCAGCUAACAGAGUGUAGUAAUAGGAGCUAACUCCCCUUUUUCCUUAAAGGAAUCUCAAACUAUCCCCCCACAGGAAAGUUGGCUGGACACCACCCUUGCCAUUCACCCAGGAUAGCUGGUGAUGACCCAAAAUAUCAUCAUUUUCCCCUGAUGAGUUGUUAGAUUCUCCAAAAGCAUCUGCCAUAGGAUGUUCUGUGCCUUUUAAAUCUGUUUUUGUCAGUAUCUGUUGCCCACUGAGCACUGUGCUCCACUUCUGCCCUUAAGUUUCUGCCCAGAUCUCUCCAUAGUGCUGUUCUCCAGUUAUCAGGCAGCUUUCCACAUUUUGUUGGCAUGUGAAGAUGCUUAGAGGGACUCUGAGUCAAUUUUAGUAAAACUGUCGAGUUCCUAUCACCAACAAAUUCUCAAGAGAAUUGAGGGACUUCCUUAGGCUCUUCUUUAAAUCUUCCAGUUACUUUUCAGCUUCUUUGCACUGAAAUCCUCGUGAAUCCCAGUUCAGAGCAGACUUGUGGCCGUGGGUACUUCAUCUCUUCCAGCACAGUUCCCACCACUGCACUCCCAGUAGCAAUGGGAACAACUUCUGGUUUAGAAAAUACAUUUUUAGAUAUUCACUUGCUGCUGUCACUGGCCUCAAUUCAGCUUCCCGUCCUCCUCUCCCUUCUCCUUAACUAAUUAAAGUCUUCCAUGUUAUGGCAAGAUGGCACAUGUAGCUUAAAUAACCCACCUCUUUAAUUAAGAGGUUGGAUUCAGCCUUCUGAGAUAUAUUUGACAUCAUUUGAGAUUUAAAAAUACAUUUUACUUACACAGUUUAUCCGUCAGAUCGCUCAAGGAGGGCAGAGAGAUAAUGAAAGUAAAUUAUUAAUUAAUAUUUCUCACCCAGUAUAUUCCAUUAAGAAUAUUAAGCAUUUAUUCUGUUCCUCAAAGCAUGUUUGACUUAGGAUAGAAUUUUUUUUUGAAGUCUGCCUGCUGAUGAAGCUGCUGCUUCUCUCUUUGACAGGGCUGUAGGGAUAGGGUGGAAAAUACUCUCACCAGAGCCAGGAAUUCCAAACAUCAACUCACUGACCAGGUUUUCCUUUUCCUUUAUGCAUUGUAAACAGAUCUUCUCAAGCCCAACAUGCCACAGACUGUCCCUGCCACAUCCAGGCUGUUCUUACCUUGAAAAUUGGUAAAAUUAAGGAGUGAAAUCAGCAGGAGCAUCUCCACUUCCAGUGUGUGGGAUGAGUUUGGGUUUGGAGUGGUGCAUAUAUGUGAUAAAUUUGUAAAGAGUGAUGCAGAAUAGAGAGACACUUUCAAUUAGGGUUGUGUUUGGGUUUUUUUUUUUAAGUUUUUUUAUUUUCUGAAGUAGAUGGAAUAGGGAGUUUGCAUCAGGAUUGUGGGAGGCCACCCGACCUUCAGGGUCUCCUUGUAGGUGACAGCCUGGUCCCUUCUGGCCUUAAUUGUAAAUCUGUGACUCCAAAGAGAUAAAACGUGUCUUUUACCUUUAGAACUUGUUCAGAAUAUUGAAUAUUUAUAGAGAUUUGAGUUCUGGAGGGGUUCUCUGCAGCAAGAACUUUCCAUCAGAGAACACACCGUGCCUUAUGUCUCUAACCCCAGUUCCAUACAAUAAAAAUCUUGUCCCAUUACCCCCAAAAAUCCAGCAUAAAUAGAAUUUGAUCAAUUACAACCAUUUCUUUGGGCAGCAGUGCCUCAGCAGCUGAUUUUCACAAACACCAUUAUCAGAGGGCUUCAAAAAGAUCUCACAGGCAGCACAAGCCCUCUUGCUGAACUGAUGUCUCCUUCUUUCCUGCAUUCCUUGAAGGAAUUCCUGUGGAGAGUCUGAGCUCAACCCUCCUCAACUGCUCUGAGCCAUUUGCUUUCCUCUGAAGUUGAUUCUCGGUACUGAAUUUGUCCCGUUAUUUUCCCAGAUUUCAGUGCUUCUCAUAGAAAUAAUUUCUUUUAUUUUUCAUACAAACCCCUUCACAUCCCAAUAAUCCCAUUUAACCCGGUUUGCCUGUGCUGAAGUGCUCUGACCUGAAGCUGUUGUCCUUGCAGCCUCCAAGUGAGGGAUUUAUGUUGCUUCCACCCUAUAAAAACCAAUCCAGUGUAGGGCAGAAGCUUCCAAACCUUCUGCUCUGGGGUUUCCCAGCUCUCAGACCCUUCUCCCUUCCCUCUCUGCAGUUUGGAUGAUUAGAAAAUCACAGAAACAGCAAUUUUUAAGUAUAAUUUUUUUAUUAUUACUUGGACUGUCUUUUUUUUACUGGGAAGAUUUGUUUACUGGGAGACAUUCCCCUUUCCUUUGGCCUUUUAGAUGGUGCUGUAUCCAUUACUUACUUGAAGUCGAAGUAUAUAUGAAAUAAAUAAAAACAAUUUUAUCUACUUUGGCUGGUUAAAAAAAACCAAUCAGCUCAUAAAUUCAGCCAGUUUACAGCAGCAGGUUGGACCCUGGGAGAGGGACAAAGUGGAAAUGUUUUUUUCAUGGAAUUGUGGAAUGGUUUGGGUUGGAAGGGACAUUAAAGCUCAUCCAGUUCCUCCCUCUGCCAUGUGCAGGGACACCUUCCACUAUCCCAGUUUGCUCCCAGCCCUGUCCAGCCUGGCUUUUCUUGUUCCAGUUUAUUUUGCCUUGCUUGCCCUUUGUGUUGGGACCUUACUGGGAGCAGUGGAUUGUCCCAGUUUGGGUGCCUGCUUUUCAUGGGGGUGUUUGGAAUGCCUGGAUUUGCACAGCUUCCCCAGGAGUCUGCUGCUCCCCUUGGACACUUCCUUUAUCCAGGGCUAGGGAUCCCUCACUGCAGCCAGAGCAGCUUUUCAUUAUUAUUCAUCAGUUGGUUUAGGCUUGAAAAUCAUUGGGAAAUCUUGAAGUCACUGUUCCAGAUGAAAAAAUUCACAGUGAAAACAGAGUUUGGAUUUUGAGCUCCCCAUCCUCCAGUGUUAUCCACUGAAUUUUCUGUUCCUUUUUUUUUUGGCUUCUGUGUGAAUUUGGGUCAUCCUGAGCCUCGUGCUGCCCUGAAGUUGGUGACUGAUUUUUGAUUGCUGUGGGAUCAGAGCCCUGUUUGGUCUUUUGGGCGGGACAGAUUCCCCAUCCUAUCACCCAGUAAAAACCCCAAAGCAAACCCCCUUUUCCUUGCUGUCAGCUCCAGGAAUGUCUUUGAAUCUCAUCACAGCCUCCCUGGUUUUGCUGCUGGAGUUCUGGCUGGUUCUGGGCAGCCCUGCUCCCCCCAGUGCUGCUGGUUGAGGCUGGGAGAGCACAGUGCACUGUCACACCCUGUGAUGUCACUGUGCCACCGUGGGACAGGCUGUGCCCCUAAAGUAACCCAGGAACAGCAGAUUUAAACUCAGUUUGGUUUCAUCUCUGUCGAAGGGUGACGAGUCAAAGUUUGUGGCCAUGAGGAGCUCUCAUUUCCAGACACAUUGCCUUGGCUGUCUUCCUCUGGUCUUUGUCAUCUUCCCAAGGCUGCUGAAAGCCCGGGAAGCGGGAGAUACCUGCAGUACUUCUUUCAUUUUAGGGUUUUUUUUUCUUAAUGUCCAUUUUAAAAGUGCCUAAGUGAGGAACAGGACUCCAGAGCGAGCUGGAGGAAUAGGAUUAGACCUCAUUGCCCUCUUAAGAAAAGCCCUCCCUGCGUCCCUCCGCACAUCCCUCCAGUGAGUCCGGCACAAUCCGGCUGGAGAAGAUUCCCCGUUCCUUCCUCGUGCUGCCCCCCUUGGUUCUCAGUCCUCUGCAGGGGGAUCUCAGUUCUGAGCCAAACGUUUGCAAGCUCUGAUCUGGGGUGGAUGGCAAAGAGGGGAGGCUUGGAUGGAGUUCAGGAGGAAACUGCCUCUUGGAUUGCAGAUACAAAGAGCUCUGGGUGACAAACAUCCACCUCUGGAAAACCAGGUCUGGGUGGAAAAAGCUGAUGGGCUUCUUCAAUCACUUCCUUUGGAAUCACAGAAUGGUUUGGGUUGGAAAGAACCUUAAAAAUCAUCCAGUCCCACCCCUGCCAUGGGCAGGGACACCUCCCACUGUCCUAGUUUGCCCUGUCCAACCUGGCCUGGAACAUUUCCAGGGAUGGGGCAGCCAAAACCUCUCUGGAAUCCCAAAGGCAGUUUCUUCCUAUAUCCUUAAUUAUUUCUAGGUUUAUCACAGUGGCACCUGCUAAACAUUUUGUCCAAAUAAUCCUAACUGUUGGCAGGUGCUUAUAAUUUUGUAUAGGUGAGAAUCUCACGUGGAUUUAAAGAAUAGAGGUAUCAGUGAUAGUUCAAAAAAAUUCACUGAAGGAGGAUUUCUUCUGACCAGAGUGAAAGGAGGUAACAGAACACUAUCAAGGUGUUUUAGUACCACUUAAGGGUUCAGCAAAUGAAAGCAAUCUGUGUGUAGAUCUUUUAUUUUUCAUCAGCAACAAAAUGAUUUCACUCUGAGGGGGGAAAGCCUGGGAAAGGACUUUUGGCAAGGAAAGCUGUGAGGACAUCCCUGCAGAGGGCAGAAACAGCCUCUGGGGAGGGGCUGGGUGUUGAUAGAAGCAGCGAUCCUGUGGGAAUCAGUUGCUGGGUCCUGAUGGAAGUGCACUGUUAGUGGAGCCUGUGGCACCCUUGGCCCUGCCCCGAGGUGCCUUUUGCAGGUGACAUUUCCUGGCUGUCACUGGCAGUGCACGCUGGUGGCAGCAGAUGGACGCUGCAGUUGAGCGUUGCAAACCCCCGAGCGAGGGCACGGUGGAACAGCCUCAGAGCCACCCAAAAAUCAGAGCAAAACCCCGGGGAGGUUCCUCACAUCCAAAUUCUGUGUCUCGGCUUUGUCCCACCGUGACCUCGGCCUGGGGCGGGUGCCAGCCGUGCAUCUCCUGUCCCUUCACUGCCACCAGGUCCACCAGUGACACCCAGGACGAGCCGUGUCCCGUCCCUGCCCUGUCCAUUCCCCCGUCAGCCUCUCCCAGCUGCAGGUUUGCCCCAGCUGGGCCCUUGUCUCAUCUGCUGUAGGUGUCCUGCCUACCUCAAGAGGUAACCAUGGGAUCCUGGAGGGGUGUGCUCACCCUCUGGUCGGUUUUCCAUGAGCACUAGCGCACACUCACACUCACACUCACACUCACACUCACACUGGAAUGUAUAUUCUCCUCCCCCCCAGCCCCCAAAUAACCUCUUGACCUGAUCCUUGCUGUAGCCACCACCAACUCCUCUUGCAAAUUGGAUGCUGCUUUAAAUGUGAAAACAAAUGUUCAAGAAGCUAUAAAACCUGAAUGAAAGCUAAAGCUGAAUUUAUAAAGCCUUGUUGCAUAUGAGCCAAAAGUGCAAAAAGCUCUAUAUAAUGAACUAACCUGCCACUCAUAUAAAUAUAAAUAUAUAUAAAUAUAUUAAAAUCAGACUGUUCUACAAAAUUGUGUAUUUGUAUUUUUGUGUACGUACAAUUUUCUGCUAAGCAGAAGGAGGAUGUAGUAUAGGAUGAUGUGAGAAGAGAUUUUGUUUAAUCAUAUUUCUUUGUUACUUAUUUUUGUUAACAUCCAGAUGCCUGUCUUUGUCUUAUGUGUAUGACACUGUUCCAAAGGUGCAGUAUCCCUCUCCUGCCGUGCGUCCGACCUCCUUCCUCCACAGGAACGAGUCAGGUGAUGCCCCUCAUCAUCCUCAUCCUCAUCAUCAUCCCCUUCAGAUCCACCCUGGUCUUGCUCUUAAGGGCUGCUCCUUCAGCUGAAAGACAAGAUGUUGAAUUUCCCUGCGCUGCUCCUCAUGGUGAAGUUGAAUAUUCAUGUGCUGGUCGGCUCCUCUGUAGCUGUUCCCUAAAUGCGUUUCCAUGCUCUGCUGCUGCUCCUCAGCCCGGCAUUUUUUGGGGAAAAAAAUGGAUUGGGUAGGUUGGGAGGGAUGAGGAGCAGAUCCUCGUGGUGGGAAGGUGCUGAACCUCAGUCCCAGCCCACGGGGGAUGGAGGAAGAGCCUCGUGUUCCCCACUGGCUGCUCUUGGGGUUUUGGGUGUCAGGAGGGAAGGCUGGGGAGGGGAUGGGCUGAAACUCCCCCUGUGUCCCUCAGGAACCUCCACCCAGCAGCCCUGGUGGCUUUGGGGCACCCUGGCUUGGCUCUGGAGCAGCCUGGAGAGGGGUCCUCUGUUCAUGCCCUUGCAGUGAAGGCACUGAGUGUGGAGAAGAGCAUCCCAAACUCUUCUCCCAGUCACUGCCUUCGUCUGCAAGGUGCUGGUGGCUCCCUGUGAGGAGAAAAGGAAUGGUGUAGGAAACCUGAGAACCCUUGGUGUGCUUGGGAAUUGUUAUUUAUCCAUCACAGAGAAUUAUCCAGGGAAAGAAAGGGCCAAAGGAAACUGGACAGGACAGGAUGUAGGAACUGAUAGGAAGCUUGGGGCAGGAGAUGAUGGAAGUUCACCUCCAGUCCCUUGAGGAAAUUGGUCCAGCCUCUGGAGAUCCAAAUGCAGGUGAGGUUCAAAGUCCAUCACACCUUCCCCUGGCAGCAUGAAAACAAACCAUCAACCUCUGCCCUUGUGCCCCCCUUUUUUUCAAUUCUUUUUUAAUUUAAUCCCUGUGUUUGUUAGAGCUGACCCGCGGCCCAGGGAGAGCGAUACUGCACCUUUCCACGUAGGGCUCAUAUUUAUAACAAUGUGUAAUGACUGUAGCAAAAGUCCUUGUUUCUGUAUGUGAAUGGACAGAGAAACAAGUGCUCUAUUGUAUUGAUUAAAAUAGUUCCAAUGAGUCCUGUAUCAUUGUAUCUCCUAUUCUGGAUUAGUGCCUUUUGGACAGUAGACUGUUCUGUAAUUAAAAUGUAGUAUAACUGCUUUUUUGUACAGUUUUGUUUUAAUAAAACUUUUUUUUAAUUUGUGUUUAUUUUAGUAUUGUACCUAUUAGAAAAUAAAAAUGUAUAACUCAACACUGA